AUGGAAUUUGACUCUAUUCCUCUUCGCUCCUUUUGGCUCGAUCAGUUCCACGCCGAGGUAACAUACUAUCCUCGCACCGCCAUCCGCGGCAGCCGCUAUCGAGGCGACUCUUGGGACAACUUUCUGCAUGCCAUUCCAGCUCAGUUGCUGUAUCACAUCAACGGCAAUGCCGUCUACUUUGUGAAACAUCCCUGGCUGGUAUUCCUCGAACAGCAAUUGCAGGAAGAGGCGAGCUCCGAGAAUAGCAGUGUAGCCUUCGACGUGCGUAUGGCUGCACUGACGUUGGAGGCUCCGGCCUUCAAGCCAGAAUUGGCCGCAGCCUGGGCGGCAAGUGUUCCGCCAGGAGAGAACCCUUACAGCGAUGACUCGUUGCUCGUUGGUAAUUAUGCCAACACACUGCUGAAUGAAAGCUUUGAUCCUGGCGUAUUCGUGCGCCACGGAGCUUUAAGCAACAUUCUGCAAAAUAUCAAUGAAUCCGUGAUCACACUGGCUGUGCAAUCAUUCCAUGAGCUGGAAGAUUCGCUGCUUCUUCAGAGUCUACGCGAAGUGAACCAUCCCUUUCGAGAGAUCAUCAUGCUGUCCUCAACUGCCUCUCCUACGCAGCAGAUCCAGACAGUUUCAGGCGUUUCCAGGCUGCACUAUCGAGUGCCCGCACGCGCUUCUGAACUUGCGCUCUGCGAUUUGGCAGAUGCAGUGGAGACACCAUUUUUUGCGUUCACCGACACCUUCCACUUCGUUCCUGGCUCUACCUACGUCCUUACUGCGGACGGUCGUCCUGUGCUGCCAUACAUCCCGGCCAUGUCUCAGUUUUGCACUGACUUCGCAGAGUGCGUCUCUUCCCUGGACCAGGCGGAGAGUUUUUUCGGCGUGCGGCUGAACUUCCACCAUGACAAGUAUGAGACACUCUUCGAGACAGAGCUGGUCAUUGAAUUUUGUCAAACCUGGAGAGUCGCUGCAAGCGGCCUGGGCACACUGGAAGAUUGUGACUAUCAACAUGGCCCAACGGCAGACGAUUACAUUGCUUGGCUGAUCUCAGUUGACAAGAGCUUCAAUUAUGUGCCCAAGAACAAGGAACGGGUAGGCUGGCGGCCAUGGACGACUCUUUGGUCAGCGCCCCCUCCAGAUGUUCGCAACUGCAGCAUCUACAAGUCCGGCGAUGCUUUGGAACGACAGCAAGGCAUCAAGGAGUGCAGCCUGUACCUCCAAGAAAGCGCCUGCCGCAGCCAUCCCAACUGCAGAUUUCGCCCAAUCUUUGGAGCAGGCAAAUGUAUGAGCUCCUCAGAGUAUGAGCUGCUGCCUGAGCCUGUGAACAUUGUGACGCGCACAUGGAGUUCUUCCACAAGCACAAGCACUACGAGCUCGACUAGCACGUUCACUUCCAGGCUUACAACCAUCACGCCUGGGAACACGCGGAGCAGCACAAUGACGAGUACUCUCACCCACACCUUGGGGACGUGCGAGGAAGGGCUUCCACGGGGUGCUGGCAUUGACGUCAGUGACUGCCUUGAGCGGGUCGCAGGUGAGAGCUGCCAGGUGCGCUGCACUGGCCUCUACAGUGGCGGCCCGGCAGAGUUCUUGUGUGACGGCGAGUUCAUUGGUCCUGAAUUCCAGUGUCAGGAGCGGACAUGCAGCACACAGCAGCUGCCUUUAGGCUUCGUUACGAGUGGUUGCGAGGAGACACGUCUUGGGGAGAUUUGCCUCGUGAGAUGUCCUCAAGGAUUCAUUCCUGGAGAGUCAGUGUGGGUGUGCGCUGCAGAUGGUCAAUUUUAUGGUUUCGAGCCUAAUUGCCAAGCUCUAGAGUGCGGAUUGGACACCUUGCCAGAGGGCAUUGGCUUUGACGCAAGCAGCUGCAAAGGUGUGCUGGCUGGAGAGUCGUGUCAGGUGAGUUGCAGCUACGGUUUUGAAGGCGAAGCAUCCACUUUCUCGUGCCAAGAAAAUGGUGCCUUGCAGGGCUUUGCCCCAAUAUGUUCCAAGAAGACCUGCGCCGUCCCAGAAUUCCUUCAGAGCGCCCGGUUCUCCACUACUUGCGCGUCCAUCCGACAUGGAGAGACAUGCGUGAGCACAUGCAACUUUGGGUUUGAAGGCGCAACAACUCAGCUUCGCUGCGAAAACGGGGUUCUGGAAGGAUCAUCGCCCACAUGCACAGGCUUGGCCUGCUCAUUGCAGGGUUUGGUGAUAGAAACUGGAAUGGAUAUCAGCAAUUGCUCGGGCACGCGAUCUUUGGAAAGUUGCAUGCUAGGGUGCUUUCGCGGGUACACACUCGCAGGAGAUCCUCAUAUGACGUGUCAACCCAGUGGCCAGUUCUUGCAGGAAGCCUUCACAUGCAUCCCGGACUCCUGCGGCGACCUCUCGCAAGUCGCCAGCUUCGCUCCGCCCUCGGUGGGAACUUCCUGUGACAGCCUGGUUUUCGGAGAGACUUGCUCCGCCUUCUGCGAACUGGGCUGGGAGCUGGUGGGCAACACCAGUGUGAUGGUCUGCGAGGGCAGUGCUGUACUGGGCGGCAGCGGCUUUGCCCAGUACCUCAAUGGCAGCUUCGUUCCGGCAAACGAAACUCAGGGCCCCAGCUGCCAAGCCCAGGUUUGCUCCCAGGGCCUUCCAAGUCUCAAGGGAGUCAUUCAUGACUGCGCAGGCAAGACCACUGGACAGAGCUGCACAGUCAGUGCAGCGCACGGUUAUGAGGCAGAGCCGACAAUAUUGACAUGUGGGCCUGAGGGCAGCUUUGAAGGAGCGAUGCCACUUAUUCGGCCAGCAGCCUGUCCAAAUGCAGAAUUCCCACCUGGAAUUGGAACCACCUGCAAUGGCACUCAAGUGGGGGCUGAAUGCUGGGCCUAUUGUGAGGCUGGAUGGUUCGGAGCUUCCCGCCGCUAUGAAUGUGGCUUGAAUACCACCUUGCAGGUGGGGGAUGUUGAGGUCAUUAGCUGUAGCAACACAUCAGCCGGCUCUCGGCGUUUGGCAGAGGAGACUUGUUUUGAAGCUAGCAUUGCGGCGAUCGGGCUAUCCGAUCCACGUUUUACGCACUCAUGCACUGCCCUCGCUCAUGGGGAGCUUUGCGCUGCCCACUGCAGCGCAGGCUACGCUAUGUUGGAAAGCGAGCCUCAACUUCUGGUAUGCGAAGACGGACAGAUCAUUGGAGGUCUUCCUAGCUGCAAUCCACAGCCCUGCGGCUUUGGUUUUCCCAGCGGCUUGGGAGUGAGCCACAACUGCAGCGCCGUGCCAACAGAGCAGACUUGCACGGCAACUUGCGAAGAGGAGUACGAAUACCUCGUCGGCGGGCCGGAGACUUUCCAAUGCAUGCCAUCUGGGAACUUGCUCGGAAACACACCGCAGUGCAUGCGCAAGCAGUGCAAUGAUCUGCAGCUUCCGCCCUUCUACCAGCACAAUUGCCGAAGCAAACGGUUUGGAGAUACUUGCGGGGUGAAUUGCGUCGCGGGUUACCACCUGACUGGCUGGGGCUCGCAGUUUCGGUGCAACGGCACCUCCUGGUUGGGCAGUUUGCCAGAUUGCAAGCCAGAUCCUUGUGAAGACAUCUCGCUGGGGGGGGAGCUCAUGGGAUCGUGUGAGGGUUUGAGGACCGGCGAGAGCUGCGAGGUCUCCUGCGCAUCUGGCUUUGAGCCAAAUUCUUCUCGGCUCACCUGUCACGGAAGCGGCUCACUGCAAGGAGCCAUCCCCUCUUGCCAGCCUGCUCUUUGCGGGGGUGAGGGUCAGUUAGGCCUUGCGUCCUUGGCGCACAACUGCAUUGAUGUGGCCUUUGGCCGCCACUGCGCUGUCUACUGCGCGCCGGGCUAUGAGAUCCAGGGCCUAGUGCAGGAGUGGCGCUGUGGACUGAAUGGAACACGGCUAGAGCUUUCAGGACCAGCCAUGUGACUGCCGUGCCAUCGGAGGUGGUAG